AUGUCUUUGCGAUCAACAAUUCUAAUUCUCUCAUUGCGUAGCGGGGCCAAUUGGAUCCAUUGCACCAGAACAAAUCCCAUGAUCGAACUGGCCGAACUGACCAAAACCCAUCUCGAGGACUGGGAUGGCGUCCAGGCGACCUUGGGGCCGAACGGAAAGCUCAUAGACGAGCAGACGGACGAUAAAAUCUCCAAGUUCGUAUGGGGGACCAUCAAUGAUGCCUUCGCAUACAGCGAGAAGUACGGUGACAGCAUUCCCCCCGAACGCAGCUUGCUGGAUUACUUCUCCGAGAAGGUGGAACAGACCAACUUCACAGCCGCGGAGAAGGCGCUUUGUCUGGAAUCGUGCAAGCUGUGGGGGACAUAUAUGGGAGAGCCAGUGUGGCGACAGAGCCUGAAGUUUUUCAAACUCGAGCAAUGUAUCGAUGGAACCAAUCUCUUUGUGACCGCCACCUUCAAGACUAUCCUUGAUGCCGUUGCCCGCACCGCGAAGCAACACGCCGACAUCCACCUCAGCGAACCCGUUACCAGAAUCGACGCACAGCCGCGACAAUCACUCACCUCCCGGUCUCCGAUCACCGUCACAACCUCCGCCAAUAAAACUUACACCUUCGAUGAAAUCGUUGUCACUAGUCCCCUGGGCUGGCUCAAAAAGAACAAAUCGAUGUUCAGUCCCGCGCUGACCCCCCGUUUAUCCGCAGCAAUUGACAACAUCUCCUACGGCCGCCUGGAAAAAGUAUAUGUGACUUUUCCGCGGGCAUGGUGGCACAGUGAGAGAACCAACUUCCAAGCCAUUGUCAACGGCUACCCACCCUUCACCCAAUUCCUCGAACCCGACCCAAAAUAUAUCUCGAGCACCGUACGCCCAGCCAACAUCCCUUGGAACCAAGAAUGUCUUUCUCUGGCCGCCCUGGGCAAGGACUUCGCCCACCCAACCCUCCUCUUUUACACCUACGGCGAUUGCGGGAGCUACGUCCUCUCGCAAAUUAAAGACCUACCCAAACAUUCGCAGCAGUACAAUGCCUUCUUAGACGCCUUUGUUCGACCAUGCUAUUCCCUGCUCCCAGAGUUCUCCACCUCCGAUCCAGACUGCGUGCCAACUGCGUUCCUUGCGACGGAGUGGCAGAAUGACCCCUGGGCUGGGAAUGGGUCUUACUGCAAUUUCCAGGUCGGAGUUCUGGAAGCAGACAAGGAUAUCGAGGUUAUGAGGGAAGGCAUGGGGAAAGAGAGGGGCGUGUGGUUUGCUGGUGAGCAUACCUCGCCUUUUGAGGGUCUGGGAACUACGACUGGCGCCUAUUGGAGUGGUGAUCGAGCCGCAGGGCAGGUAUGUGAGGCGUUGGGUUUGAGCGGAAAGGUAGUCGGGACUGGUCAGACUGUACCGAGGGUGUCACACUUGUAA